AUGCCCGACACCGUCGGUGUGGAGUAUCCGAGAGCUGCUAGUUGGGCAUCGGGCUCGUGUGCUGCUGUUUUGAAAGACGAAAAAGGGUGCCAGCUUUUCCGUUGUUUCCUAUACGAAGCGUUAGCUGAAGAGAAUCUUUCGUUCGUGGAAGCUGUGGAUAAACUCAAGAAAAUGAAGAACACCGAUGAGAAGAAGACAUACGCCAAGGAGAUUGUACAGCUCUAUUCACCUUAUAUUAAUCUGAGCAGCGGUGCUAUGAAGUCGCUGAAAGAUGCUGUGGAGUCCGAGAAUGUAGAUUCCGAAGGUUUUGCUGCAGCUGUGAAAGAGGUGAAGCGACUUCUGGAAAACGACCAGUUCCCUCGUUUUCGUCGUUCAGAGAUUUAUCUGAAUUAUCUGGAAGAACUGCUACCCAGAGCUUAUGCGGAACGAUGGGCUACGAGUUUUGAAGCACUGCUAGGAAAUCAUGUGAGUUCAUGUACCGCUAUAAUUCGUUAUGAAAAUCAAGCUGGUUCAUACUGAGU